AUGGUAAAUGUGACAACGGAGUUGUUGGAACUGGAUGACAUGGACGCUUUACCAGAAAUAUUUGUGUAUUUGGAUCUCGAGCGUCGUCCUGUCAACUACAUCGUGAACGUCCUUCUCCCCAUCAUCCUGCUCUCCAUCGUCAGCAUCUUGGUGUUUUUCGUACCGGUGGAUUCUGGAGAGAAGGACCCCAGCAUCCUGCCAGUUACAUCCCUGCAGACUCCGUGUCUGGUCAUCUGCAUCUCGUCCUUGACCGGCCUGAGUGGACUUACCCUGGCGUCCAUCAUCGUCCUCAACGUCCACCACAAAUGGUCAUUUAGCCUGCACACACGUGAAAUGCAGAAAUCUGAAACCAGUAUUCCCCUGCAGUGCGUACCAAGGCCGAAUCCUUUGAGGCAUCAGUAA